CGGCAACAACUUCAUUCCCCUCGACUCGACACCAUCGUCUUCCCUCCCAUCAGUUGUUGCUAGCUUUGCAGGCUGUAGCUAGGUGGAUCAUUUCACUCCAGCUACAACACUGUCUUCUUUAUCUAUCCUCUAGUGAUCGCUGUGUGUGAGACUCACCCAUCGACCAUGAGCAUCUCCGUGAACGGGCAGUCGGUGGUGCCGCCGGGGUUCCGGUUCCACCCGACGGAGGAGGAGCUCCUCACCUACUACCUCGUCAAGAAGGUGGCCUCACAGCGCAUCGACCUCGGCGUCAUCCCCGACAUCGACCUCAACAAGCUCGAGCCAUGGGACAUCCAAGCGCGGUGCCGGAUCGGAACUGGCCCGCAGAACGACUGGUACCUGUUCAGCCACAAGGACAAGAAGUACCCCACGGGGACGCGCACCAACCGUGCCACCGCCGCCGGGUUCUGGAAGGCUACCGGCCGGGACAAGCCCAUCUACUCCGCCGCCGGCUCCGGCCGCAUCGGCAUGCGCAAGACGCUCGUCUUCUACAAGGGCCGUGCCCCGCGUGGCCACAAGUCCGACUGGAUCAUGCACGAGUACCGCCUCGACGACGCCGUCCCCGUCAACCCCACGGCCGGCAACGCCUCCUACUACUCCAGUGACUCAUUCCCGGUUCGCGGCGUGGCGGGAGACCAGUCGCCGUCGGCACAGGAGGACGGGUGGGUCAUCUGCAGGGUGUUCAAGAAGAAGAACAUCAUCGUGCAGCGCCAAGCUGGCCAGAACGGGGGCUGUGGCGCAGCGUCCAACAAGCUGGUCGGCGCCGGCGCCAUGGAGCGCAGCCGGAGCAACUGCUCGUCGACGUUGACCGCCGCCAGCGACCACACCAAGGGGCAGAUGAUGCCCUGCACCGCCAGCGACGACGGGCUCGACCACAUCCUCAGCUACACGGGCCACUCAUCCACGUCAUCGUGCAGGCAUCAGACCAAGCCCGCCAACCCGUCAUCGUCAGCGCUGGACCACCUGAUCAACAGCGCGUGCCACAGCAGCAGCAGCACCCUGUACGACAAGUUCAUGAAGCUCCCGCCGCUCGAGCACGUCGUCCCCGGCGGGCUCCUGCCGCCGCUGACCGAGUACGGCGGCGACUGGGACGCUCUUGACCGGCUGGCGGCGUACGAGCUCAACGGACUCUCUGACUCCGCGAAGGCCAAGACGACCAACGGCAUGUCCUACAUCGUGGACGAGCUCGACGGCGCCACGGCCUACUCCGGCGGUGGCACGGCACACACUUCCUCCCUCACCGGGGACGGCGACGGCGACCUGUGGAGCCUGGCGCGGUCGGCGUCAUCGCUACACGCCGACUCGAUGAUAAACUGUUUUAACGCUGUCGGGUGCUGACACUGUCCUAGCCCAAACUUGCUUAUUCAAUCGCAAUAUAAGGACAUUUUUUGUAUAUAAGAGCUUAGUCAAUCGCACGCACUACAGGAGUGUCCAGAUUAUACAUAACGAGAUGCAGAGUGAAUAUGUCCAAAGAAAUGUUGUCAUACAAACAAAAAGUAAAAGUAGAUAAAUAACGUAAGAUGGAGGAGGUCCUAUUCAAAGACUACAUAACCAUCCAUCAUUGCAGAAUACCUUCCCCUGCUGGAGCCUUCUUCAUCAAGUUUGCUGCAAUAAUGACCAUGUGUGGAUAGUCCUCUUUGGACUAUGCCUUCAAAAUAGUAGCUACUACCUCCAUUCUGGUUUAUUGGUCCGUGGUCAAAAUUUGGCACAAAUUACAAAGGCGACCAAUAAACCAGGACGGAGGUAGUAUGUGACAUCUGCUCUAUGCCGUUCUUCAGUACAAAUCAGUU